AUGGACAUCAGGAGGGAUUCGUUCAUGGAAAGAGUGGUCAAGCAAUCUUCCUCAGCUCCCUGCGAGCUGCGCCCGGGCACUGCCGGCUCUCAGCGGGAUCACCCGAGUUCCCGGUGCCGGGAGCUCCAGCUGUACGUGCUCCGCCAACGUGCCCGGGGAAGCGGCUCCAUGAGACUGCUCCGAGCAGCGGCACCGCAAGGCCGGGAGACCCUGCCGGGAGCCGCACCGAGCGACCCCCGGGAGGGGCAGGGCAGGAGCCCGCACCGAGCGCUCCCCGAGAGGGGAGACCAGGAACAGCAAGGAGCGACCCCCGAGAGGGGAGACCAGGAAUCGACCCCUGAAAGGGGCAGCCCCGGAGGGAGUAGCCCCGGGCCGCGCCGCCCCCGCGGGGGAAGGACCAGGGGCACCGCGGGAAGGUCUCCGCAGUGGCCGCCGUGUCCGGUGGACCGCGAUCGCCCCGUGGUCUCCAGCCCUCCUACCCCCACCCCGCCCCCGCCGCACUUACCGGGCCGCGCGGGGCCGGGCCCUGCGCCGCGGGGCCGCCGCCGCCACCCCGGGCCGGGCCGGGCCUGGGCCAGCGCAGGCCGCCCGGGCGGGGAGGCGGGGGAGGGAUCCCCCACCUCCGUGGUCCUCACACCGCACCGGGACCUUCAGUACACCCUGGGUACCCCCCAUAUCCCCGGGAGUCCCCACCAGGUCUCUGUCCGUGCACCCCCGGGGUGGCACCGAGGUGUGACCGGGGUGGCCUCAGUGUCCCCGCUCUGCGCCCCCCGAGCAGCAGCACCAUCGGCCCGGCUCCACCUUAACCGGAGCGGCCGCGCCGCGCUGCCCGCGCCCGGGCGGCUCCGCGGGAGCGCAGGGGCGUUUAUCUCGCCCGGGAUCAGCCAAUAUUUGUGACCACGUCAGGAGAACGAGCCCAUCCUCGCCCCGUGCUCCCUCUCAGUCCAGUUCUGCCACCCUGCUCCGCUCCCUGGCCCCGCCUGUCGCUGGCUCAUCGCAUUCGGCUUCUCGGACGCUGCUGGGACUCCCACGCUGUCACCUCUCACCACCGAGAUGACGGUCACCGUGGCUCUCCUGCUCCUGAGCCUCCUACGGCUGGCGACAGCCAAGGGCGCGUGGUGCCCGGCCUGCGGAGUGGCCGCGCUGGCCCCCGGGGCGCAGCGGGACGCGCUCCUGGCGCUGGCCAAGCAGAGCAUCCUGGCCAAGCUCCGCUUGCCAGCCAGACCCAGCGUCCCCCAGCCCCCGUCCCGGGGGGCUCUGCUGACCGCGCUCCGCAGGAUGCGAGCGCAGCGCUCGGACACGGCCGCCGCCGCUCCAGGGAUGCUCCGGGACGGCCGUGAGCCAGCCCGGCCUGGGAUGGGGCUGCAGCAAUACGAGAUCCUGAGCUUUGCUGAGUCAGGAUCCUCCACUUCCCACAGUGUCCACCUGCAUUUCCGCUUCUCCCAGGAGGUGGCUGGGAGCACUGAGAUCCUGCAGGCCACCCUCUACCUGUUCUGGGCAGCCCCUGGGCCUGGGGCACAGCCCAUCACUGUCAGGGUCCUGCAGCCAGCAGGGCCAAACGUGACAGUGGCCAGUGAGACACAGCUGGAGGUGCAGAGAUCUGGCUGGACCACGCUGGAUGUUGGAGCCGCUGUCCGGAGCCUCUUCGGACAAGAGACCCCACGGCUCAUGGUGGAACUGGAGGUGCCAGAGGACUGGGGGUCCCCUCUCCCAUCCGAUCACGGUGAUUCCCACUGGCCAUUCGUGGUGGCCCAAGCCCAGGCCAGGACACCCCACCGCAUCCAUCGGCGCGGCGUCGACUGCGGCGCGGACUCGCGGAUGUGCUGCCGCCAGGAAUUCUUUGUGGAUUUCAAGGAGAUCGGCUGGGAGGACUGGAUCAUCCAGCCAGAGGGGUACCACAUGAACUACUGCGCAGGGCUGUGCCCGCUGCACAUGGCUGGCAUUCCCGGCCUGGCCGCCUCCUUCCACACCGCCGUCCUCAACCGCAUCAAGGCGGCGAGUGCGGCGGCUGCCAUGGAUUCCUGCUGCGUUCCCACCCAGCGCCGGCCCCUCUCCCUGCUCUACUACGACCGAGACAGCAACAUCGUCAAAACCGACAUCCCCGACAUGAUCGUGGACUCCUGCGGCUGCACCUGA